AUUUAGCAUAAUUACAGGUGUUGCACAGGUAUAUCUAGUCCUGUUCCCAUCGGCAUUUCUUCAGUCCACCAUCUGCAGGCCUGAGAAGAAGAUAUCUGCAUUCUGAGAUCGUCCAAAAACUCACUGAAACGGCACCAUGAAGGUUUCUACUUGCGCGCUGCUUGUUGUGGUACUGCUGGUUGUGGCGACUGAGGGGCAAGAGAUCGGGGACUAUGUAGGCUGCUAUGUGAAGAAUUACGGAGAUGUUGUCUUCCCGUACACUUUGAUCGACCGAGGCAUGAGCAAUGCCAUGUGUGCUCAGCACUGCAGCAUCAAGGGCUACACUUACUCAGCGACCAAAAGUGUUCGAUGCGGUUGUGGUACUGAGGAACACCUGGUAGAAAUGAUGAAAGCAGAAGAAUCAGACUGCACCAACAACUGUAAGUCUGGCGGCGGUAUCUGUGGAGGGUACGCAAGGCUGUCAGUCUACAAAACCAAAAAAGAUAAGCGAGAGUUGAGCGAGCUCUUGGGCGACCUGACCAGCACCCUGGAGAAACUGGACAGUGCCUACAAGCGUGAGAUGUUCGGGACGGAAGAUUUUGAAGAGGAAAUGAGAGAGAUGGAAGAAAUGGAAGCCGCCGAUAUGGCUGAAAAUGAAGAGUACUAGUAUCUUCAGCCAUGUGAAACUUGUUACUAGGGCCACACCAAUUUAAUUUCUUGGUUAACAGAUCCGCCCGCUUCAUUUUUUUCUGAUGUGCAAAUAAAAA